AUGACCAUCAACACCUUGGCUAGAGGAGGCUGGCACCGGGAACAAAUGGCUUGCUUUCGAAAGAUGGAGAAAGUGAUUGUGGCCAUGCAAGACCCUGACAUGGGCAUGAAGAUGAGAAACCAGAGGCUCCUCAUAACCGUAAUCCCGCACGCCAUGACAGGCCGUGACAUCAUUGAGUGGCUUAUCCACAAAUACAACAUCUGCGAAGAGGAGUGUCUGCACCUUGGAGGCAUGUUUGUGAGGUUCGGCUAUAUUUACCCACUCAAGGAGCCCCGGUCGCUUGUGCUGCGUCCUGAUGAUUCGCCCUACCGCUUCCAGACACCUUACUUCUGGACGAGUACUCGGUGGCCUGCCUCUGAACUUGAUUAUGCAAUCUACUUGGCCAAAAAGAAUAUCAGAAAACAAGGAGAAUUGAUGGAAUAUGAAAAGGAGCGAUACAGUCAGUUGCACAAGAGGAUUAACCACACCUGGGACUUUGUAGUGAUGCAAGCCAGAGAGCAACUCAGAGCGUCCAAACAGAGGAGGAAAGCUGACCGUAUUGUUCUGGAGUGUCAGGAGCAGGCUUACUGGCUCAUCAACAGACCCCCGCCCGGUGUGCACGAUGUGCUCGACGCGGGUCUGGAAAGUCCAAGUAACUGCAAUUUACGAGUCGCACUGGAUAGUGACUAUUACAAAAGAGAGAUUGAAACUUGUAGAAGGGCUCUAGGAAGAAACCGUGUCAAGUCAUCUAUUUGCUUGGAAGGUUUUUUGAAAUUCAGCGAACAGUACCAGAACCACGAUCCCAUUAUGCAGGGUUGUCUUCCCAGUAAUCCCUGGAUCUCUGAUGACACGGCACUUUGGACUAUGAAUGCAGAUAUAGUCCCCAUCCCGACGCGCCUCCGAGUGGAACGUUGGAGUUUCAGCUUCAUGGCGCUGCUCAUUGACACCAUGGGGAGGCAGGAAUUCAUGACUUACUUGGAGAAGGAAUUUAGUGCGGAGAAUUUGUGUUUCUGGCAGGCAUGUGAGGACAUUAGGCAUGGAGAAAGUUCCAAAAUUGUUGAGAAAGUGGACGAGAUAUACAAAAACUUCUUGGCGCCUGGAGCCGCACGCUGGGUGAACAUUGACAGUAAGACCAUGGCUCAGACCUUACAGGGCAUCCAAAACCCCCAUCGCUUUGUCAUGGAUGAUGCGCAAAUGCACAUCUACUUCCUCAUGAAGAAGGAUUCUUAUCCCAGAUAUCUUAAAUCGGACCUUUAUAAGAACAUGCUGGCCAGGGCUAUUAUUCCACAGGAGACAAAGAAAAGCGUGUUCCCUUUUAUGAGGCGACAACGGCACUCAAGCCCCUCCCCCGCUAAAGUCGCCGCUCAACAAGACGUGGUCACCAAAGGUUCAGGCCAGGGGGGUACCAGCUCUGCGGCCAUCUGA